GCGGGGGGAAGAUGGAGCCCUUCACCAAUGGUGAGUGGGCAGUCCGAGAUGUCUGGUUCCGGCGAUUCGGUGCCCAGAGGACCGUGGGCAGUAGUGACACGCGGGCGGGCUCGGCCUGCAGCCUCCCCCACCGCGGGCUUCCCGCGAGGACGAGGGGGCUUUGCGGGGCGCCGGGGCGGCAGCUGGAGGUUGGGAGCGGGCAGGGGCCGCGCGGCCGGGGCGGGCGUGAAGGUCAGCGCCGCCGCCAGCCCCGGGUGCGGCCCCGCUGCGCAGCCAGAUCGACUUCAGCUCCCCAGGAAUAUGAUUGAAAACAGCAUGUUUGAGGAAGAACCAGAUGUGGUGGAUUUAGCCAAAGAGCCUUGUUUACAUCCCCUUGAACCUGAUGAGGUGGAAUAUGAGCCCCGGGGCUCACGACUGCUGGUGCGAGGUCUUGGUGAACACGAAAUGGAUGAGGAUGAAGAGGAUUAUGAGUCGUCUGCAAAGCUGCUGGGCAUGUCCUUCAUGAACAGGAGCUCGGGCCUUCGCAACAGUGCAGCUGGCUACAGGCAGGCUGCAGAUGGGGCUUGUUCAAUACCCUCUGCCAGGACCUUGGUGGUCUGUGCUUUUGUCGUUGUGGUUGCGGUCUCUGUGAUCAUGGUGAUUUACCUGCUGCCUAGAUGUACCUUUACCAAAGAAGGCUGUCAUAAAAAAAACCAAUCAAUGGGACUAAUCCAGCCAGUUGCGACUAACGGAAAAUUGUUUCCAUGGGCACAAAUUAGGCUCCCCAUUGCCGUUAUGCCACAGCGUUACGAACUUAACCUGCACCCAAACCUAACCUCAAUGACACUCAAGGCUUCUGUGACAAUUUCACUUACGGCUUUUCAAGCCACAUGGAAUAUCAUUCUUCAUAGCACAGGGCAAAAUAUUUCAAGAGUGACUUUUAUGUCAGCAGUUUCAAGCCAAGAAAGACAAGUUGAAAUUCUAGAGUACCCAUAUCAUGAACAAAUCGCCAUCAUUGCCCCUGAAGCCCUUCGAGUAGGACACAAUUAUACCUUGAAGAUAGAGUAUUCGGCAAAUAUAUCUAGUUCUUACUAUGGGUUUUAUGGCGUCACCUACAAAAAUGCAAAUAAUGAGAAAAAGUACUUUGCAGCAACUCAGUUUGAGCCCCUGGCAGCAAGAUCUGCUUUUCCUUGUUUUGAUGAACCAGCAUUUAAGGCCACAUUUGUCAUCAGGAUCAUAAGGGAAGAACAAUACACUGCUUUAUCGAAUAUGCCUAAGAAGUCGUCAGUCCAUAUGGAAGAUGGACUUGUUCAGGACGAGUUUUCUGAGAGUGUGAAGAUGAGUACUUACCUGGUUGCAUUCAUUGUGGGAGAGAUGAAGAACCUGAGUCAGGAUGUAAAUGGAACCCUGGUUUCUAUAUAUGCUGUACCAGAAAAGAUUGGUGAAGUUCACCAUGCUUUGGAAACAACUGUGAAGCUUCUUGAGUUUUAUCAAAACUACUUCGAAAUUCAAUACCCACUUAAGAAAUUAGAUUUGGUGGCCAUUCCCGACUUUGAAGCAGGAGCAAUGGAAAAUUGGGGUUUGCUCACAUUCCGAGAAGAGACACUUCUGUAUGACAACAGUACUUCUUCAGUGGCAGAUGGAAAACUGGUUACUAAAAUCAUCGCCCAUGAGCUGGCCCAUCAGUGGUUUGGUAAUCUGGUAACAAUGCAGUGGUGGAAUGAUCUAUGGUUAAAUGAAGGUUUUGCUACUUUCAUGGAGUAUUUCUCUUUGGAAAAAAUAUUCAAAGAGCUCUUCAGUUAUGAAGAUUUCUUAGAUGCUCGAUUUAAAACCAUGAAGAAAGAUUCCUUGAACUCAUCUCAUCCAAUAUCAUCGUCUGUUCAGUCUUCAGAACAAAUUGAAGAAAUGUUUGAUUCUCUUUCUUAUUUUAAGGGAGCUUCUCUCUUGUUGAUGCUGAAAACUUACCUUAGUGAAGAUGUUUUUCAACAUGCUGUUAUUCUUUACCUACAUAAUCACAGCUAUGCAUCCAUUCAAAGUGAUGAUCUGUGGGAUAGUUUUAAUGAGGUCACAAACAAAACACUGGAUGUAAAAAAAUUGAUGAAAACCUGGACCCUACAGAAAGGAUUUCCUUUAGUGACUGUUCAAAGAAAAGGAAUGGAGCUUUCUAUACAACAAGAAAGAUUCUUUUUAAAUUUGAAACCUGAUAUUCAGCCUUCAGAUGCAAGCUACUUAUGGCAUAUUCCAAUAUCCUAUGUCACUGAUGGAAGAAAUUAUUCAAAAUAUCAAUCAGUAUCAUUACUGGACAAGAAAUCAGGUAUCAUCAAUCUUACAGAACAAGUGCAGUGGGUCAAAGUCAAUACAAACAUGACUGGCUAUUACAUUGUACAUUAUGCAGAUGAAGACUGGGCAGCACUAAUCAAUCAGCUGAAAAAAAAUCCUUAUGUUCUGAGUGACAAAGACCGAGCCAACCUCAUUAACAACAUCUUUGAGCUUGCAGGCAUAGGCAAAGUGCCUCUGAAGAGGGCCUUUGAUCUGAUGGAUUACCUUAUAAAUGAGAACCAUACUGCACCCAUCACUGAAGCCCUGUUCCAGACCAGCCUCAUGUAUAACCUCCUUGAAAAACUGGGGCACAUGGAUCUGGCCUCAAGACUGGUGACUAGAGUAUAUAAAUUGCUUCAAAACCAAAUCCAACAACAAACUUGGACCGAUGAGGGCACCCUGUCUGUGCGAGAGCUUCGGUCAGUCUUGCUGGAGUUUGCUUGCUCCCACAACCUGGGGAACUGCAGCACUGCUGCCAUGAAGCUGUUUGAUGAAUGGGUGGCAUCCAAUGGAACUCAAAGCCUACCUACUGAUGUCAUGACUACUGUAUUCAAAGUUGGAGCAAAAACUGAAACAGGCUGGCUAUUCCUCUUAAGCAAGUAUACGUCUGUAGGCUCUGAAGCAGAAAAGAACAAAAUACUUGAAGCUCUUGCCAGCUCAGAGGAUGUACGGAGACUUUACUGGUUAAUGAAAAGCAGUCUUCAUGGAGAUAUCUUCCGAACACAGAAGUUGUCAUUUAUCAUUAGAACAGUUGGCCAGAAUUUUCCUGGACACUUGUUGGCAUGGGAUUUUGUCAAAGAGAACUGGGAUAAGCUUGUACAGAAGUUCCAUCUGGGGUCCUAUACCAUACAAAGUAUUGUUGCUGGAUCAACUCACCUGUUUGCAACAAAGGCACAUUUGUCUGAGGUCCAGUCAUUUUUUGAAAAUCAAUCAGAGGCAACUUUUCAGCUCCACUGUGUCCAGGAGGCUUUGGAAAUCAUUCAGCUGAAUAUCCAGUGGAUGGAGAAGAACUUGAAUGGUCUGACAUGGUGGCUGUAGCACACACCAUUGCACCUUGUUCCGUUGCCCAUUCAGAGAGCUGUGAACUUGGGCUCUGCUGCUUUUGCAAAAGUCAAGGUGAAGCCAGGACUGCUGCCAAGUUGUUUGCACUGUUCUAGUUAGCUCAGGGCCCACUGUAUUUUUCAUCUGUCUUUUCUGAAACAUCUUUUGGCAGUAUGUAGGUAUUUAUUAUGAAAUAAUACUCACCCAUAUGACAGCCAUCCAAAAAAACAAUGAGUAAUUGUUUCACUUUGCACAUACACAAAUGGGAAGAAACAUCAAUUUUGUAAUUCUGUUCUGUUUCUCAGUAUCCAGAGAGUUAUUGACUCAGUGAAACAAGGAGAGAUCUACCAUAAGAACCACCAUCUUUCAGGCUGCUGUUGUUAGCAUUUGUUGGUUCUUGUUGAUAAAUGCUAUUGGAAUGUAUUGAAGAGAAUGGUUACGAAGACGGUGAAGCAUGCAGCUGUACAGAGCUGAUCUCAGGUGUGCAGGUCUACUUUGAUUUGGGGUUUUGAGUAAUCCUUUAUUCUCCAAAAAGUUUAAUAUCUAUAACUAUUGUAUUUUUUUCUGCAGAAUAGUCAGGUGCUACAGAAUUUUUAAUUGUUUUGUUGUAUUGAACAGCUAAGUAGCCAAGCCAAAAUGUUAAAUCUUUCGGAUAUUUGACACUUUCUGUUUCAUCUUUUAUAGCACAGGAAAAUGUUCCAAACUGAGUUAGUUUUAAUUAUAAUUUAUUCAUGAGUGUCAAUAUUCCACAAAUCUAUACACCAUCGUCACUCCUAUACUAGAUUAACCUUAUGUUAAACCUAAGUAUUUCUAUGUUUGUGGCACGCAUUCUGUUAACACUGGUGUUUUUUGUCAUGACUUUUAUCACUAAUACUAAGAAUGCAGUCUGUUUAAGUUUCCUUUUGUACUCACAAAUCAUAGACUCUUUCUCUUUGAAUCAUACCCAUGUGUGGAUUUUCAUUUUAUAUGAUACAGUAGCAUAUUAGAAGCACAUAUUUUAAAAUAGGAUCUUUGCGAAAUGGAAAAUUCUUAUUUGAAGUUCACCAUAGUACCUUAAAGGAGCAAAGAGAAUGUGGAAUAGGAGCAAGUUGAAUUCAUGUUUAAUAUGGUGGGCUUUGAAAUUUUUUUCCACUAUUAAAAGCAGUACUUUUGUCUGAUUGAAAAAAAUCAAUUUUUCUUUUAUUUGUGGCCAGAUUAACAUUAAAUAGAAUAAUCAGUGAAUGAAAGAAAGAAAAAUGAGGGAGGAUAUCCAAAACUGUAUGGCAUUUUUACUCUUUUUGAGGGAGAAAUACUGUACUUGAAUUUUUUGAGCUAUGCAGACUUAUAUGUAGAUUGUUGUGUUUCUUUGAUCUUAGGAGAGAAGUUUUCUUCCUAGUAACUCUUAAGAACUUUAUAUUUUAUUUGAAAAUAGUGUCUAUGUACAUAAAAAAAGGGGAGUUACUCUUUUGUGAGCACUUGAAACACUCCACAGACAAUAGAAAAGGUCAGCUUUUUUAUUCAGCAGUUGUAAAGUUAGAAUAUGUGAGGUUGUGUACAAGAUUAUAUUUUAUUUUAUGAAAGUAUUUUUCUAUAGCAAAAGUUAAAAGGCUGGCAAGCUAAAAGAUAGUGUGCUUUAAUCCUAGUGUAUUUUCUCUAAAUUUAGGCAUUUCUGAACACUUAUUACUCUGUUUUUGAGUAGAAUAUAUUAUAGCCUGAGAAUCACAGAAUCAUCUAAAGAUGUCAUAUUGAAACUGAAAUGAUUAUAGAUCUUUAUUUCUCUUGUGCUUUGAUGAAUGAUAAUGUAGUUGACAUUGAAAAUUAGUGUUUUUGUAUUUUCAGAGUGAAGGAAAGGUACUAAUCUUUUGGGGAUUUUUUUUUGUUAUUCUUUUACAACGUUGUAUUACUAAAUUCCACUUUGAUACAGAGUUUAAAUUUUGCUAAUUCUCAAAAUCAAUUAAGAGUUUCAGUUUUACCUACUUAAUACUCCUAAAAUAUAUGUUAAUUCUGAAUAUGGCAAAUCUUAAAUUAUAUAAUUUUUCAGUUAAAAUGUGUGCUUGUAUGUAUGUGUGUAUAUAAAUGUGUAGGUUGUUGUUACAAGUAAAAUGUUAUCAAAAACAGGCUAAAAAAGAGGUAACUUAUGAUCCAUUGCUAUGUAUAGACUCAAAGGUCAUUUGUUUCCAUUAUACUGAAUCCAUAAUAUUUGUAGUUUCAUUUAUAAUAUUACCUUAAUUAUUUGUGGUUUCAGUAGGCCUCAUCUUAAUUUUUCCCACAAAUUUCCAUAAUUUUUAAUAUUAUGCUAACCCAUUUGAAUGGCAUCUCUUAGAACUACUAACUGUAAGUCAGGAAUAUAAGGCUAAAUAAGAGGUAGAACUUACAAUAUAAUAAGUAUAAUGGUAGCUUUGAGAUUUUGUUCCCCAAGAGUUUAUACCGUACAUUGUAUCUCUGAGAAUUCAGAUUGAAGCAGAAGUCACAGAGUGUCAGACACACAGGUGGCUAACACCAUUGAGUAUGAAUAAGUGGUCUAUUCAUAGCAGAGAGAUUGUCUAUUGAAAGUAAUAUGAAGCUCAUCCUACUAGAUUAUAGGAGAAAUAGAAUUGGAAAUCUAGAUUGAUAGAAAGAAAAUGUGUGCUUUGGAGAUCUGGAAAGUUAUGAAAAUAGAAGAUAAAGGAGUCCGGUUUGUUCUGUUAAUAUGAAGUGAGUAGGUGUGUUAAAUGCAAGUAGUGGCAGCUUCUACCAUAAGUUUGUGCCUCCCUCUGUCUUGCUUCAUUUAAGUCUUUUUAAGUGAGAUUGUGUCAUUGUCUCACAGAUGCUCUUACUAUCAUAGGUUCUACUUAACUCUAAUUUUCUUUGCUGUGUGUUUUCAUUUUACGGACUUUAGCCACUGUAGGAACAAAAAAUCUGUUCAGUCCUGAGUAUGGAGGGCAAACCAAGUUGCAUCUGUGUUACUGGGUACCAAACAGAUACCUUUCUGAAAUUAAAAUCAAGCGCUGAGUGUGUUGGGUUACUGAUAGCCUGUUAUUGUACUGGAUUUUAAGAAAGUACUCAAACUAAAAUGCCUUGGAACCCCUGGAACUGUACUCUGCUGUCAGAUUGCUUAACGUUUACCAAUGCUGUCUGUUUCAUGGGGCUGUAAGGAUGCUACAAUGCAUCUCAGUGAUGCUGUCACCAAAGACAGCAGUUCCUGGGCUGAACUCAAAGCAAGAUGUGGAUUUUGUUGCUUAGGCCUAAGAAGAAUUGGAGUCAUAGGUAUGGUACUGUAGUUAUUCUUACCUUCACCUUCAUUGCUUUUGUUUUUAUUGAAAUUAACUCCUAAUUAAAAAGCUUCUUUUCCUCCUACCCCGAUUUGUAUUUUUUAAAAACUAAAGUAUAUAUUUUUGUGUUCUUUUAUUUUGUGCUUCAUUCUCUACAUUGGCAAGUAUGUACCAAAUGAAAUGUGGAGGUCUAAAAGUAUGAUAAAUCUCCUCUAAUCCCUUUCCCUUAUUACCUGCCUAGGCAAUGUCUUUUAGAAUAGGCAAUGGAUUUGUUAGUAGUUUUGAGGAUAGGUAGGUACUUUUUAAAUGUAUAUAUGUAUUUUACAUGUUUUUAUGUUCUUUUAUUUUGUGUAUUUUGUCCUGAUGAAUAGUGAAAUAUUGUUCUAUGAAACCUCUGUCUACUUACCAGAUUGCCUAUUGUGGGCAAUGGCUAUAGAGUAGUUGUUUGGUUUCUUUUUUUUCUUUGAAAGAAGGUGAUGAUGUUAGGAUGUUAGGAGUAGAACAGGGCAGUUUCGUUUAAAGAUGUGUAGAGAUGGUUUUGCUGCUAUUUUGUGAGUGUUAUUUUGUUCUGCACCUUGUUUAUGCUUCUCACGGACGUGUGGAUAAACCGUGGAGGUCCAGAAGUGUGGCAUUGUCCCAUUUACCUUUCUCUUUAUUGCAUGCAUGAACAAUAACUAACAGGGUUCCUAGUGGCUGUUGUUUUGCGCUAGUCUUAAGGACUAGACCAAGUAUAUAUAAGUGUUAUGCUACUUUUUAUAUUUCAUUUUGUACUUGCUUCUUUACAUGGAUGUGUAUAUACUUAAUGAAAAUUGAGGUUCAGACUAUGGCAAAUAUCCUCUUUUCCCUUUUUCUUUCUUAUUGCCUCUUUUACAAUAGCUAAUAGAGUAAUUUUGUUCAGGGAUACAGGAAAGAGUGGGGUUUAUACUCUGUAAAAGUGCACUCGCUACUGCAUUGUAUCACUAAAGUCAUUUGUACUGUGUGAAAAUAAGUACCUAAUGAAAUGCGGCAGUCCAGAUGUAUAAUCAUCACCUCUUCUUCUCAUCGCUGAACAGAGUAGCUGUGAAAGUGGGUGUUUGAGGGGAACAUAGGGAGGUGUACUUACUGCUAUAUUGUAUUAAUUCAUGGGUGCUCAGACUGCAAGGCACCAUGAACCAUGGAGUUCCUGAUGUAUAACAAUCUCCUCUUUCCCUUUCCCUUACUGCCUAUGGGGCAAUGCUUUUUAGAGUGGUUUGAGUUUAGUGAAAGUUUUGUUUUUGUUUUCUGCUAGGGAAGAGAAAAAGUAAUUUCAGACUUUUAAGAUGUAUAUAAGUGUUUUUGCUGCUUUCUUAAAAAUUUCAUUGCUUACCUUGUCUUUCCCUGAAUAUGUGAAAAAUUGAGGACCAUUCUGUGACAAGUUUCCUCCCUUCCCUGUAUCGGCUGCAUGGGCAGUGUCUGGUAAUGUAGUUGGUGAGUUUCAGGGCUUCUUCUGUGGGUAUUGGGGCAUAUAAUUUUUAAUGUAUGUAUAUGCUUUUGCUUCUUUGAUAUAUCAUAUUUCAUGGGUGCCAGUCCUUCACUUGGACUUACAGGUUCCUGAUGAACCGUGGAGUGCUGUAUGUCUGACAAUCUCCUCUUCUCCCUUUCCUUUUUUACCUGGCUAUGUGGGCAAUAAUUUUCAAGUUGUUUGGGGUUUUUUAGGUUUCAAGGGGUGGGAGCUGACUAAAGGCAGGAUAUAUACCUUUUUUUAAAAUGUAUAUAGUUUUUGUUAUUAUACUGUGUUAUUUCAUUUUGUACCGAGUCCAUGGAUGUACAGGUACUUAAUGAAUCGUGGAGGUCCGGAUGUAUGAAAAUCUCCUCUUUUCCCCUUUCCUUGUUGCCUAUAUAGGCAAUAGUUGUAGAGUAGCAUAGAUAUUUUUUUUUAGUCUACCUCCCUAGAAGGGAGCAGUAUGUUGGACUUUUAAAUCUGUAUAUAAGUGUUUAUGCUCCUUUUUCUGUACUUCAUUUUGUAACCUAGAUUUAUCUGUGGACAUUUCAGUACAUAAGGAGAAUUAAGGUUCAUUCUAUGAAAAAAAUCUCCCUUUCCCCUUCCCUUAUUGCCUGUCUGGGCAAUGGCUAGUAGAGUAGUUGUUUAGGUUUCUUUGGCAAGGGUGGGGGUGGGGGAUUUCUGCAUUUGUACCUUUUUAAAAAUGUAUAUAAAAGUUCGCUAGUUUUUUUUUUUCAUUCUUUCUAUCUCAACCCAGGUUUUGUUUGACUUAUAAGUAUUAGAUAUAAGGAGAGGCCUAGCCUCAGAGGUGUGGGACAUCUUCUUUCCUCUCCCCUAUAGCCUGUGUAUCUAGGCAAUCGUUAUGAGUACAGUAGAGCUUGGGGUUUUUUUUUUGUGUGUGUGUGUGUGUGUAUGGUGGGGGGAAUUAAUGGAGAGUGGGCUUGUUAGAGAAAAAGGCAAAAAAUGUAUAUAUUUUUAAAGAUGUAAAUAUUUUUGCGACUUUUGGGUAUUAUACUUUAUUUUGAAUCUGGACUUUUGCAUGACUAUUUAGGUAUUAAUAAACACUGAGAUUGACUCUAUGAAAACUCUCCCAUGCUCCCCAUCCCUCAUUGCCUGGUGGGCAAUAGUAGAAUAGAUCUUUGUUUGUUUGUGGAGGUCUAGGUGUAUAUAUUUUUUAAUGUAUAUAAACAUUUGCUACAUUUGGUGUGUUAUUUCAUGUAGUGUCCAGUUCUUUGCUGGGACUUGUAGAUGUAUAAUGAAACAUGGAGGUCUAGACGUAUGAUAACUCUCCUUUGCUCCCCUUCCCUCAUUGCCUGCAAGGGCAAUAAUUUUAUAACUUGGGUUUUUUGUGGGAAAAGGGUUAUUUGGGUGGGUAGAGUUAAGGGAAAAGGACAUGGUAUAUACUUUUUUCUAAAUGUAUAUAAAUGUUUUCACAUUAUUGAUUAGGUACCUAGUCCUUUGCAUGGAUAUAUGGAUACCUAACAAAAAUUGAGGGUCAGUGUAUGACAAAUCUCCCACUCUUCCCUUCCCCUUAUUACCUAAACAGACAAUUAGAGUAGUUGUGUGUUAUGUUCUUGUUUGUUUCAGAGGGUUUAUAUUUUUGGCAAAAUAUUCUUAAUAAGAAUAAGUAUGUUUUCAUAUCUUUGUUACUUCAUUUUUGUAUUUAGUCUGCAUGAAUAUGAAAGGCCCAAUGAAAAUUGAGUUUCAUAUAGCAGAGUACUUCCUUUCCCAACUAUUUCCUUAUUUAGCAAUAGCUAGUAUAGUUGUUUUAUGGUUAUUUUGUUUUAUUGUCUAGUAUCUAUACCUUUAAGGAUAUAAAUACAUGCAUACAUAACUUAUUUCUUUUCUACCCUUGUUAUUUCCCUUUAAUAUUUAGUCCCUUGUAGGAUUCUGAAUGUUCCUUAAAAAAAAAAAAAAGUCCUCA